GUACGUGUAGAAUUUGUGGCUUCUGAGGUUGCGCUGCGUCGGCUGUGUCCAUCACUGGUAAACCACGCACAGUGAACGAGGGUCAAUUUCUUGUGUCUAAACCUCGUAAAGAAUGGCGAGUUGCCGAUUAGUUGGGGCACUUGCCCGUUUCUCACGUACGAAUACGAAUUUUAUUACUAGAGCAGCGCUUUAUCAACCACUUAGAACACUUGCUACUAUUUCUGACCGAAAACAUUUUAAAUGCAAAGUGGUACAGGAUGUAGCUAUAGUUACAAUCGACUCUCCAGGAGUCAAGGUUAAUUCUUUAAAUCAAGAAGUUAUGAAUGAGAUCGUACAGGUGUUAAAGGAUAUUGAGGCAAAUCCUGCAGUAAAUUCUGCUGUAUUAAUUAGUGGGAAACCUGGAGCAUUUAUUGCUGGUGCAGACAUCACAAUGAUCCAAGAUGUAAAGAAUCAAGACACUGGCUACCAAAUAUCCAAAAAUGGUCAAAACAUUCUAAAUACUAUUGCAGGAAGUAAAAAGCCAAUAAUAGCAGCUAUUCAGGGUUCCUGUCUAGGAGGUGGUCUUGAGGUGGCACUAGCUUGUCAUUAUCGCAUUGCAGUGAAAGAUAAAAAAACUGGUCUCGGUUUACCAGAAGUAAUGUUGGGUCUUUUACCUGGUGCUGGAGGAACUCAAAGGUUACCAAAAGUAACUAGCCUCCCAAAUGUUCUAGAUAUGACUCUCACAGGAAAAACUAUAAAGGCGGAUAAAGCAAAAAAAUUUGGAAUUGUUGACCUCUUGGUCAAUCGUUUAGGGCCAGGAGUUGGAUCUCCCGAAGAAAAUACAAGAAGAUACCUGGAAGAAAUAGCUAUUCAAGCAGCCAAAGAUAUUGCUAGUGGAAAAUUAAAGAUUGAACGCAGUCCAAAGUCUUUGGGAGAAAAAAUUAUGAACUAUGCAUUAACUAUUGAUUUUGUAAAAGAUCAAGUAUUCAAGAAAGCUAAAGCUAAGGUAAUGAAAGCAUCAGGUGGGCUUUAUCCAGCUCCUUUGAAAAUUCUUGAAGUACUUCGUAUUGGAUUGGAUAAAGGACCAGCAGCUGGUUACGAAGCGGAAGCUCGUGCAUUUGGUGAAUUGGCAGUAACUCCUCAAUGCAAAGGUUUAGUUAGUCUUUUCUUUGGACAAACUGCUUGCAAGAAAAACCGUUUUGGUCCUCCCAAGAGCCAAAUCAAAACGGUGGCUGUUCUUGGAGCUGGUUUAAUGGGUGCAGGUAUUGCUCAUGUGAGCAUUGAUAAAGGAUACGAUGUAAUUUUAAAAGAUACGAACGAAGCUGGGUUAUACAGAGGGGUAGGUCAAAUUCAGACUGGCUUAGGAAAUGCUGUCAAGAGGAAAAGAAUAAGCAGCCUUGAAAAGGACAAGUAUCUAGCGAAUCUUACGCGUACGUUGUCAUACGAUUCCUUUAAAAAGGCUGAUAUUGUAAUUGAAGCCGUCUUUGAAGACAUUUCUAUAAAACAUAAGGUCAUUAAAGAGAUUGAAGCUAAUACACCGCAGCACUGUAUUAUAGCAACGAACACAUCUGCCAUUCCCAUUACAAAAAUCGCUGCGGGAAGUAGUCGUCCAGAUAAGGUGAUUGGAAUGCAUUACUUUUCUCCAGUAGACAAAAUGCAACUGCUAGAAAUAAUCACUCAUAAGGGUACAUCUGAUGAAACGAUCAGAUCCGCUGUUGACGUUGGACUUAAACAAGGGAAGAUUGUUAUUACUGUAGGAGAUGGUCCUGGAUUUUACACUACGAGAAUCCUUAGUGCCAUGUCAUCCGAGUGUCUUAGAUUGCUGCAGGAAGGUGUAGAUCCUGCUGACUUGGACAAAAUAAGUAAAAAGUUCGGCUUUCCGGUAGGGGUAGCUACUCUAUGCGACGAAGUCGGCAUCGACGUCGCUUCUCAUAUUAGCGUUGACUUAUACAAAGCCUUUGGCUCCAGAUUUGCUGGAGGAAAUCCAGACAUUUUUCGUGACAUGGUGAAGUCUGGAUUCCUUGGUCGCAAGUCGGGCAAGGGUAUAUUCGUGUACGAGAAGGGAUCUAAACACAGAGAUGUAAAUCUCGCAGCUUUGGAUCUCUUGAAGAAGUACAGUUUGGAACCGAAAGGCAGUACCUCUGAUGAAGAUCGUCAACUUCGGAUGGUAUCUCGUUUUGUAAAUGAAGCUGUGCUAUGCCUUGAAGAAGGUAUCCUAGCUAAUCCUCUCGAAGGAGAUAUUGGUGCCGUUUUCGGUCUCGGCUUCCCGCCAUUUACUGGCGGACCUUUCCGCUGGAUCGAUUGGUAUGGAGCUCAGAAACUUGUCAGGAAGAUGGAAGAAUUCCAAAACCAUUACGGAGAUCCUUUCAAGCCCUCUCAAUUGCUUUCUGAUAUGGCUGCUGACUCUAACAAGAAAUUCCAUGCUAAGUAAGACUAAACUGGCGCCAUCUUUGGUAUUUUUUGAAUUAUAUGGCACAGAGUGUGCAACAUAGUCCUCAGCCAAAGUAUCUUUCGCAAAAAGACGUAGGACAUCGAGUCAAGAGUAGCCAUUGCGAAAGCACUCUUUCUUUCUAUGGGGAAUCGUUCUCCUACAUAAUUACUAUACGCUGUUAUUGCAUUUUCAAAGAUUUUACACUCUCAAAGGAUUUAGUACUUUAAUAUUUUUGGACUGGUCGUGUUGUCUGUUAUGUAUGUACGCCCCAAAAAUACAUUGUAAGUAUAUUUUUCUCAGCUAUAGAGUUUAUACAAUAAAUUAUGCCUAUUCUUA